AUGAGAAAUUUUUCUUCAGAAGAAAUUGAGUACACCAUAGCAAGUGGGCUUCUUCAUUGUGGUCCUUCGUUUAGGACAUGCUUUUCUCAAUCAACAAAGCAUUUCUGCUUUAUCCAGGGGAACCUCCAAGAAUACUUAGCGGCUCGCUGGUUUGUCAAGAGGAAAGAGGUUCCUUGCAGAGGCAAUACAUCUAAAAUGGUUAUGAGAUUUAUGGCAGGCAUCUUAUCAGAGCAAAACGACCAGGUAUUCAUGGAAAAAAUUCUCGAGGGACUUGUUAAAGACGUAAAGAAAGACGCACGCAUUCCUCUUUUUAUAGCACAAUGUCUUGCUGAAUAUCAAGACAAAGAGUUUGCCCAAAAUUUUGUACGAAAUGGUCAUCUUCAAAGCUGUACAUUUUCCGGAGGAAUUGCAUUUUUUUCCUCUGAACGAUGUUGACUAUUUCGCCGUAACCUUCCUCUUGGAUGUUUUCAGCGCAAUAAACGACGAAAAUGACACAGGAAAACAUCAAAAAAAUAUUUAUCACUCAUUAAAUGUCAUAAAGCUAUUUAUCCUGAUCCAAAUCUAUCAUUGCCUGGACUGAAACGAUUCGUCGAAUUCUUGGCUAACCACUCUUCUCCUAUUACUAAAUUAUGAUUAGAUCUAUGCAGUGUUUGUGACGACGGGAUUUCUUGCAUGGUGGAGUUCGGAUUACUAAAUUUCUUAUCUUCCCUGGCCCUUGUAAGUAAUCAGAUCACGGAUGCCGCUGUGGACACUUUAUGUCAAGUAUUACAGACACCAACAUGUAAAGUCACCGCACUUAAUCUGCGUGGUAAUCAGAUCACCGAUGCCGGUGUGGUUAGUCUACGUCAAGCAUUACAGACACCAACAUGUAAAGUCACCGCACUUAUUAAUUUGUGUGAUAACUGGAUCACCGAUGCCGGUGUGGUCAGUCUAUGUCAAGCAAUACAGACGCCAACAUGUAACGUCACCGAACUUCAUCUAAGUUACAAUCAGAUCACCGCUGCCGCUGUUGCCAGUCUAUGUCAAGUAAUACAGACGCCAACGUGUAAAGUCACCGAACUUUAUCUAAGUUACAAUCAGAUCACCGAUGCCGGUGUUGCCAGUCUAUGUCAAGCAAUGCAGGCGCCAACAUGUAAAGUCACCGAACUUUAUCUAAGUUACAAUCAGAUCACCGAGCCGGUGUUGCCAGUCUAUGUCAAGCAAUACAGACGCCAACAUGUAAAGUCACAACACCGAUUUCGGUGUUGGCAGUCUAUGUCUAGCAAUACAGAGACCAACAUGUAAAGUUACCACACUUGAUCUGAAUGAUAAUCUGAUCACCGAUGCCGGUGCUUUCAGUCUGUGUCAAGCAAGCAGACACCAUCACGUAAAGUAA